CGACUACGACGUUACACUCUGCUCAAUCUAUCACUCCCAGGCCACUCUCAAAUCUCAAAGGUUGUUUUUGCAGAUGGAGAGACAGUUGCAGAGUUCAAUGUUUUAACGCCAACACAGAUCUUCACCUGCGAGCUGAGGAAGGAAGCCAACGGUUUUCUUAACUUAUCCGAACCAACGCAGUGUGGAUUCCAGCUGGAUUCCGGAUAUUCUUCGAAUCUCCGAUCACUUCUCCGUUCUAGGCCAGAGAACCGACGACUCUGCAAAAUUUUCGGCAGCUCUGUUUAGACAUCCUCGUUUUCCCCAUUUUCUUAUCCAGUCCGAAAAUGGCGUUCACACUUGGGGUUCCUGCUUCUCCUCAGAUCAACUUCGACGACUACGAGGAUGACCGGAUGGCUGGAUUUGAAUUUGUGGUUCGCCUGUUCGUUUACAUCUCUGUUCUUGUGAUAUUCGUGAUGGUGGUAGCGCUUAUAGUCAAACUAAUUGGCUGCUUCGAGGAUGACGACGCGGCGGUGCCGGCCGGAGACGGGGAGAUUAAUUCGACGGAGACUAGCCUGCUGCUGCCGAAGGAGGCGGCUCCGGCGGUCAUUUACGGAGCGUGUGAGGAGGAGGACGACGACGUGGAGUCCGGGAAUUGCAGCCGGAGCAGUUCGUCGGAGGACUUCUACGACGGAAAGAUCUGCGUCAUUUGCUACGACCGUAAACGGUGCUGUUUCUUUAUUCCUUGCGGUCACUGCGCCACUUGUUACCAAUGCGCUAAGAGGAUUAGUGAAGGGGAAGGGAAGAUUUGUCCGUUUUGCCGAACGAGUAUUCAGAGGAUAAGAAGAUUGUUUACUCCAUGAAACCAUCAAUGUGGCAGCUAGCUAGCUAGCUGCAAUUGUAAUAUAGUAUGGGCAUUUUGUUUGUAUAUUUUACUUAAAGAGAAAUAUGGCAUGUAGGCAAGCAGUGUAUGCUCCAUUCUGGGAAUUUUGUUCUUUAGACAAAUCGAGCCCGUGACCUUAAACUUAAAAGUACAAAUUCACAUUUA